AUGAAGUCCACACUGAUCAUGCUCCUCGCGCCGUUGGCCGCCCUCGCGGUACCAACUGGCGAACUCGCCGAGCGCCAGUCUUCCACCAGCAUCGAUGCUUUGAUCAAGGCCAAGGGGAAGCUGUACUACGGCACUUGCACAGACCAGAACCGGUUGUCGACGGGCAAGUCGGCGGCGGUGAUCCAGGCCGACUUCGGACAGGUGACACCUGAGAACAGCAUGAAGUGGGACUCGACCGAGAGCAGCGAGGGCAAGUUCAACUUCGCCGGCGGAGACUAUCUGGUCGACUGGGCCGUCAAGAACAACAAGACCAUCCGUGGCCACACCCUGUGCUGGCACAGCCAGCUGCCCGGCUGGGUCAGCAACAUCCGGGACAAGACAAAGUUGACCAGCGUCCUACAGAAUCACGUCACGACGCUUGUGACACGGUAUAAGGGAAAGAUCCGGGCCUGGGAUGUUGUGAACGAGAUCUUUAACGAGGACGGCUCCCUGCGCAACUCAGUCUUUUCGAGUGUGCUGGGCGAGGACUUUGUCCGCAUCGCGUUCGAGGCCGCUCGCAAGGCCGACCCUGACGCCAAGCUCUACAUCAACGACUACAACCUGGACAGUGCCAACGCCGCCAAGGUGACCACCGGCAUGGUCGCCCACGUCAAGAAGUGGCUCGCCGCGGGCGUCCCGAUCGACGGCAUCGGCUCACAGGCCCAUCUUUCAGGCGGCCAAGGUAGCAACGCCGCUGCCGCGCUCAAGGCCCUGGCUGGUUCCGGUGUCAAGGAGGUCGCCAUUACCGAACUCGACAUCCAGAAUGCGCCGUCGGCCGACUACGCCGCUGUCACCAAAGCUUGUCUUGACCUCGCCCAGUGUGUUGGUAUCACCGUCUGGGGAGUCAGGGACCCUGACUCCUGGAGAGCCAGCACGAACCCACUUUUGUUCGACAGCAGCUACAACCCAAAGGCUGCGUACAAUGCCGUUGUGAGUGCUCUGCAGUGA